UGGCUUGGGCUUUAAAGCUCGGAGAGUCAAUACAGUAAAACUUUGUCUCCUACUGCCUCUCAAGUAGUAGAGAUAAAAUGGAGUCCGCCGACCCGCAACAGACCAGUUCCCUCAUUCCAAACCUGGUGCCGGUGCCGGAGUUGGAUGGGAUGGAGCUUCAGAACAUGCUCACUGAUCUUCAGAAGAAAUGUGAAACCUAUAAGUCCAACUACCAGGUUCUUAAGAAUGAGCAUUCCAGUUUACAGGAUGAGUUAAUGCAUACCCAGGAGGAAGUGAAGCGCCUACUUGCUCAACAGGAAAAGCUCCAGUCACAGAUGUCUGAGCGAUCAGGAGAACUUCUGUACACAAAAAAGGAGAACGAGGAGCUUCGGCUGCAGGUGAUGACCCCUCAACGUCUGGAGUUACUCAAAGUGCAGCUGCAGCAAGAGAUGGAGGUGCCCAUCAAAGAACGUUUCCACAAACUAGAAGAGGAGGCAGAGAAGUACAGGUCAGAUUUCAACAAGCUGCGCUAUGCCUUCACCAUGCUCAUUGCACAGGUUGAACGCCAAAAGGAGGAUGAUGCCGGUGUAUUGGAGGGCCAGAGGAUGCACUAUGAGGUGGAGAUUGCUCAUUUGAAGAAGGAGAAGGAGAGCCUGGUGUCCCAGUACAAGAAUUCCGACCAGCUGCAAGACAGGAAACACCUGGAGAUUCUGCUAAAGGAGAAAACGCAGCUCACCAUGUUGGUCAAGGGUCUGCAGGCAGAGGUGGCUGAGUUGCAGGCCCUGAAGGACAACUCCGACCAGCAGGUGGAGAACAUUCAGCUCACCCAGAACCGGCAGCUAACAGAAUCUCAUGCUAUGGUCAAAUCUCUUGAGGCGGAGCGACAGUCUCUGUCCCUGCGAGCGGAGCGCAUUGAGGGAGAACUUCAUCUCAGCCAGGAGCAGAGCAGCCAGCUCACUGGACAGUUGCACAAAGCUAAAAGGGAAGUUAAUGCCCUCACAUGCCAGAUUGAUACCCUGAAGCUUUCACACAAGACUGACGUGGACAAUGUCAAACUGGAGUUUACGCGCUCAAAAGGGGAGGUGGAGAGGGAGAGAGAUACACUGAAGGGGCAGAUCGAGAGUCUGAAGACGGAGGUGGAGGUGUUAAAUGAAAUGCUGGAAAAGCACAAUGAAGUCCUUGUGGAGAAAGAAAGAGAGAUGGUCAGGAAGGUGAAAUCCGUCUGUGAAGAGGAACUCCGCAAGACAAGCAUAUUGCACGAAGAAAAGCUGGAGUUGGAGAGCCACCUCGCAAAGUUGGAACAGCAGAGGUUGCUCCAGGACACUACCGUGGAAGCUCAGAAAAGGGAAUGGGAGGAGCAGCUUCGCUUUGCCCAGAAAAGCGAGGAGUCUGUACGCAAAGAACUUCAAGGCCUGAAAAUCAGAUUAAAGCAGCAAAGCUCUGAGUUGGAGGAGUUGGAGAGACAGCGAGCGGAGUUAGAGGACCUAAAGCAGAAAAAUCAACAACUGCAUGUCCAUGUGGGGGCGUUGUCAAAGUCUCAAGCUGAGCUGAUGGAAACAAACCAACAUCUGAGGGAAAAAAUGGCCAUGGUGAAGGAGGAGAACGUUCGCCGAGGGGCAGAGCAGCUGGUGGAGGAUAGCAAGGCACGAGAGGCCAAGCUAGAAGAGAAAUACUCUCAACUCAAAGACAAAAUAAAGAGGAUGGCGGCUACUCAGAAGAAGCGGAAAGCUAAGAUGGAGAAAAAGGAGAAGAGUCAGCAGGAUACGAUCCAAACGCUGACGGAACAAAUAGAUGAACUUAACCGGGAAGGUGCUGCAGCCAACAAGAGGUUGCAGGACUAUCAGCAAAGGCACAGCGAGUUCCGAAGCCUCCUGAUGAGUAACGGUGGUUCUUUCGGUGCUGGCAUUGCCCAAGCAAAGCCCUCAUGCCGGUCUGCCCUUUUCCUUGGGCCUGAGAUACUGUUAUCCAACGCGCAAGAAGACGAGAGGGAACAGAAAGAACUAGCCCUGUUACGUCAGAGGGUGGAUGAUCUGGAAAGAGUCCAGCAGAAGCAACUGGAAGAACUGGGAUGUGUGGAGCAGAGGGACCAGCAGAAGAACUCCCUACACUGAUGCAUUCA